GCGAAUUCAUCCCAGCCCUGUCGCCUCAAGGCCUAAGGCUUUCACCCGGCUUGCGGUCGGUGUAUAUAUAAAGGAUCGGAUUGCCUUGGGAUUGUCCGUGGCUUUCUCGUUCUCAUUACAUGUCAUGACCCGUCACCCCAUUGACAGUCAUCACAGCCCGCAUCCGAGUCCUCAAAGCCCUCCAGCCCUUACUUGCCGUGUCCUCUUACUCCUGGACCUGCAAGUUUGUAUGCUCAGCAGCCCAACUAAAGGCGGCGUCCCCUCUUCUGAGACUGUUUAUCGGAACAUUGAACACAUUCUUGACCGUGCUCGCGCUGCAAAGCUUCCACCUCGCAUCAUUCAUAUCCGCAACUCCGGAGAGUCAGGUGAUCCAGACGCACCGAACUCCCCCGGCUGGCAGCUCGUUUUUCCACCACUUGAGCACGAGUUCGUUGUCGACAAGUUGAAAAACAACGCAUUUGCUGGAACAAAACUCCCAGAACUUAUUCCACGCGACGCUGAACUCAUAGUUGUCGGCAUGCAAAGCGAUUACUGUGUCCGUGCUACUUGUAGCGCAGCCUUGGCUAGAGGAAACACUGUCAUAUUGAUCAAUGAAGCACACGCAACCUACGAUCGCAUUGAAGUGUGGAAUGGAGGCAUGGUUACAAUCGCCCAUGAUGUGGAGUUGGAAAUAGAGGCGGAGUUGGAGGAAGCUGGGGUCAACCUGCUGUGUAUGUCGGAUGUGCCGCACUUGUUCAGCGACCGGUGACGCGCAUUUGCGAGGGUGAUCGCUGAGAACUUCCUUCCAAUUCGUUCCUUUCUGGCCAUCAUGGUAUUUGUGAUGUGAGUUUUUCUCUGGUCCACGCCUCGUUGUACUUAAACGAGGAGAACUGAUUACUCACAAUAACUUGAAGCUUUACUCCGUUGGAUAUUGGUUCCUGUUUUGGCUGAUACGAUGGUUUGGAUGGUGACCCUGUAGUGGGCAUGUUAGUCAUAUAUUUGGUACCGAUAUUACCUUGUUACUUAGAAAAGUUUAUGAUAACUAGAUGUCACGUGAGUAUCGGAUAACCAC